AUGGGAUUGAUCAAGGCCAGAAUUGAAGAGCAGUCCCGGCUUGCGGCUAGGAAGUACGCACGUGUGGUGCAGAAGCUUGGGUUCCCUGCCAAGUUCCUGGACUUCAAAAUACAGAAUAUGGUGGGCAGUUGUGAUGUGAGGUUCCCCAUCAGGCUGGAAGGAUUGGUUCUAACUCAUCAGCAAUUCAGUAGUUAUGAACCAGAACUAUUUCCUGGCCUUAUUUAUAGAAUGGUCAAACCAAGGAUUGUGUUGCUUAUCUUCGUGUCUGGAAAAGUUGUUUUGACUGGUGCCAAGGAGCGUUCUGAAAUCUAUGAGGCAUUUGAAAACAUCUAUCCUAUUCUAAAGGGUUUCAAGAAAGCUUCUUAAAAUUUCUUUCCAAAAAAAAUCAAGAGGAAUAUAUAGGUUUGUAUGUUUAUGCAUAGAACCAAUGUAACAGUAUUCCUAUACCUAAAUACAGAUUUGUGGAUUACUAGGCCUAUAAAGCCAUUUUGAACACACUAUAAACUACGACUAGAUAGAUGCACUCUUUUGUAAGUAGCAUGAAACAAUUUUGCUGUAAAACUUGAUGUUUCUAAUGCGUUUGGUCAUUGUAUCAAGUUCUGUUAAAGAAUUCACAAUAAGCAAAAGUACAUUUACUUUUGAACAGGAAUGUAAAUUAGCACCAUUAUUGCACUAAAAAAUAUUUUA